AUGGCUAGUGCGACGCCCAGUGAGAGUGUGGAUAGUGAGAUGCGUUGCUCCAUCUGCCUGGGCACGUUCGUCUGCCCCUCCACGCUCAGCUGUGGACACUCGUUCUGCCUCCGGUGCCUGGAGGCCGCCUGGAAGACAGCGAGCAGCUUCAGCUGCCCACAGUGCCGAGCGACCUUCCCUGUGCGACCCCAGCUGAAGAGGAACGUGGCCCUCGACAACCUGGCAGAGCAGCUCAGAGUUGGAGACGCGAUGGCCACGGCUGUCGUGUGUGACAUCUGCAGUGAUGGCCAGACUCCUGCAGUGAAGACUUGCCUGAGAUGCGAGAUGUCAUACUGUUUUUCUCACUUUAGGCCUCACCUAGGGAAUCCCAGGUUGAGAGACCACGCUGUGGUGGAUCCCUCUGCGAGCUUGGAUGAGAGAAGAUGCCCUAAUCACAGCAGGGAGCUGGAAUUCUACUGCACAGUAGACAGCAGCCUGGUCUGCUCUACCUGCACUAUCACAGGUGAACACGCAGGACACAAGGUCCUGACACUGAAGGACGAGCAUGAGACACGGAAGACACACGUACAAGAGGAGACGCGAGCGGUUGAGGAGAAGAGGAAGGAGGUGGAGGAGUCCGUGAAGCAGAUGGAGGCAGCUCGCAAGGAGGCGAAGGUGAAAGAGUCAACAUCUCCGAGCCACCACGGCGCCUACACGCACACACGGAGUGGCUCAUGGCUCAGGGAGCCAACCGUGGUCCCCGCGUCUCAGCAGGAAUCGGUGGCCGGGAUCAGGGGUCGCAUCACGGGCAAUUUCACCCGCCUAAGGAAGGCUCUGGACGAGGAUGAGAGGGAGGCUCUACGUCGCCUGGCCGUGAAGGAGCGCGAACUGCUGUCCCGGAUCGAGGAAGAAAUUGCUCGUCACGAGCAGGAGAUCAGCGAGCUCCAGGCGGCGGCCGCUCGCCUGCGCACUCUGCUGCACGAGAGGGACUCGCUCGCCUUCCUGCAGGGGCACCUGGAGGAGACGCGCAGGAGAGAGAUCCCAAAGGAAUCUGCACCCCCACCUCCCACUUCACUGGACGCCACCACGAUCCGGUCCCUUGAAAGGGCCAUGCACAGACUCCUGCCUCUCGUCUGGUCGACCCAUCACCCACACCGCUUUGAGUACUGGCCACAAGCCCUGUGCUCUGAGAGCUUCUCGUCGGGUCAGCACUACUGGGAGGUGGACGUGGGGAGCGCGAGGCUGUGUCGGGUUGGAGUCGCGUACGGGACGAUCCCACGGAGAGGGAGUGGUAGUGAAUGUGUCCUGGGAGUGAGUUACGUCUCCUGGUGUCUCCAGAAAGAUGGCAACAGCUUCUCAGUGAUGCAUGGUGGGGUAGCGACCUCACUGUCGGUGCCGGAGCCUUUUCUGAGAGUUGGGGUUCAUCUGGACUGGGACGCGGGGCUGCUGUCGUUUUACAGCGCCGACUCCAUGGCGCCGUUGCACUCAUUUCACCAAACCUUCACUCAAUCCCUACAUCCUGGGCUGGCAGUGUGGGAUGACUCAGUGAGGAUCGUGGAUCUGAGUGCUGCCAUGAUGCAUGCGCAUUGCACCACGCUGUGCAUCAACACGCCAGAGGGGCAGCGUGUUGUGAUGAUUUUCAUUAGCAAACUUCAGAUGGGCAUGUAUAUGUGCUUUCUUGAGCAGGGGACCUUGACGGGCGCCGCAGGAUUUCAGUCCUUCACGGCGUAG